AUGCAGUCCAUGUCGCCGCCGCCGCCGCCGCCGCCGGACCGAGCCUGCCGGCUGCUGGGAAAGGCCCCAGGGAGCGGCUCCCAAAGCUCAGAGAUGGCAGCAAGGGUGAGCAGAGGACUGGAGCGCCCGGCCCUCCCUCCGGAACCCGCCCGAGGCCUCCCGUCUGGAGCCCCGCGGUCCCUCGCUGUGGCGGUCGGAACCCAGGAUCCCGCCCCGGGAAGCCGCGCUCCUCCCGCCCGCCCGCCCUCCCGGCUGGCCCGGGGAAGCCGCGCUCCUCCCGCCCGCCCGGCUGGCCCCGGGAAGCCGCGCUCCUCCCGCCCGGCUGGCCCCGGGAAGCCGCGCUCCUCCCGCCCGCCCGGCUGGCCCCGGGAAGCCGCGCUCCUCCCGCCCGCCCGUCCGCCCUCCCGGCUGGCCCGGGGAAGCCGCGCUCCGCCCGCCCGGCUGGCCCCGGGAAGCCGCGCUCCUCCCGCCCGCCCCGCUGGCCCCGGGAAGCCGCGCUCCUCCCGCCCGCCCGCCCGGCUGGCCCCGGGAAGCCGCGCUCCUCCCGCCCCGCUGGCCCCGGGAAGCCGCGCUCCUCCCGCCCGCCCGCCCCGCUGGCCCCGGGAAGCCGCGCUCCUCCCGCCCGCCCCGCUGGCCCCGGGAAGCCGCGAUCCUCCCGCCCGCCCGACUGGCCCCGGGAAGCCGCGCUCCUCCCGCCCGCCCCGCUGGCCCCGGGAAGCCGCGAUCCUCCCGCCCGCCCGACUGGCCCCGGGAAGCCGCGCUCCUCCUGCCCGCCCCGCUGGCCCCGGGAAGCCGCGCUCCUCCCGCUCGGCUGGCCGCUCUAGGAGCCGAGCGCCCGCGUCUCACCUGGAAUCACCCCUGGAGAAGGACCCUGGCGUUCUCGGCAUCCAGCCCGUCCCCCGAGGCAGGGCGCUGAAGGGGUUAAGUCCCCUGGGGCUGGCCUCUGUCUUCCGGCUUUUCCCAGACCCCACAGCCGUGAGUCGGGGCCGCCUGGGUCCCCGGGGUGGCCUGGAGGCCCGGGACAGCCGCCGGGGAACAAUAGGGCCAAGGAGGCGGCGACGGGUGCGGGGCGCAGGCCGGGCCGGGGGCGGCGGGGGCGGCGGCCGGGGGAUUGUGGGAACCGCGCGAGGGCCGCCGUGGGGGAGGGGAGGCGCGCGCGCCGGGAGAGCGGGGCCGGCCGGGGCCGCCGCUCUCCGGGGCCCGGGAAGCCUGGGCGUCCGCGGCGGGGAGGGGACGCUGGCCGCUCGGCCGGCCUUCCGGAGCCGGGGACGGGGUCGGCGCUGCGGGCCGGGAGCGCUGGAGCCCGGGUCCGCCUGGGUGCGGGGGGCGGCGUCGAGGGCGGUCCCGCCGCCUCCUUGUCAGGGUCACCCUGGGCCGCGCGCACCUCCGCGGGCCGGCAGCCGCCCCGGGCCGUCCUUCCCGCCUCGGUCCGCCGGGGGCUGGCGCUGCCCGGCCUGGGCUGCUUCCCAGUACUUCUCGCCUCCCUGUCUUCGCUACUUCUCGCCUGUGGCCUUGUCAUUAACCCUUUCCCUUCUAAGGUAG